CGCCGCCUCAAGUCGCUCCUCGACGAAAUGACAGAAAUUGCGGAGCACAGGAUGUUCACCGUGUUCUGGUUGUUGCUUGACAACAUGAAAGAUAUAGACGUUACUCGUCUGAGGGAGGACAUGUCAGCCAGACUUCAGGCAAUUGCUGAAACGAAGAACACCACGUUCGACGAGUUUCAGGCAUGGAUGAAUAUUGAAAGGGAAAGGCGCACCGCAGUCUUGAAGCGGUUCUCCGCCCACGUCACGAAGACAAUAAACGGGGAGUCAGACGGAGGGGAUGUCAUGUGUCUUGCCAGCUGCGGAAAGUGUGUGCUGAAGGAGGGGUGGGCAUCGUACAAUGGCCAAGAUUACAACACAGGUUCGCUACCUAUGACGACACGCAGCGUCGUUGACCUCUUAGCCUUCGCCGAGGACUGCAUUCGCCACUGUACGGAAACCGUCGAGGAGUACGGUAUGAGUGAAGUGGGUGUCGGGUCUGUUAAUGACGAGUUUCCUGCAAAAAUCGUGUCUCUGCUGAGUAGUUGCGAAGACGUAAUGGAUGCCCUGCAACACACUCGAGGCAGGUUGCUGGCUGGAGAACUGACGGUGACAUGUAUGGAAGGAGAUGUUAUGAGAUGUGGAGAAGGUGAAACGAAGAAGGGAAGAGAAGAAGCUGACAGACCAAUCGGAGUGUGUUCGGGAAAUGGGGCCACUCUUGGGAAGGAUGCGCCUGUGCCACACGUCCUGUUGGCGUGCAGUGAUGUUGCCGGACUGAAAUCUCACCACAUGGAGGCUGCGAUUCAAUUGAAUGUCAACGGCGUGGAGACAUGCGCGAUGGAGACCCAAGACAUUGUCAAGGGUAUCGCAGUUGUCAGCAACGAAGGGAUAUCGGUCGGAGCAAACACCACAGACUGUGCAGUGGUGCUUGCGGUAAUUUGUGAGCAGACUGCAGACAUGAUGACGAAUGGUGAGGCCAGUGAGAAUGAUGCAGGGUGUGUUGUUGCAGACGAGAAUGUGGUCAGGACGUCAGCAGGAACUCUCUUCCCCUAUGACAUCAAUUGGGUGCCCGGUCGUCUUCAACCGGGUAUCGUUGGAGGAGCGCCGUGCUUCGCGUUCAAAGCCAAUGGGGAAUGGGUUCCAUAUCCCGCCCCCAAAGCGACGUUGUGGAGGGGCGUGACUCUGUCAAUCAUCUUCGACAGAGUGCUGAGAUUGAACGAUGAGGUGAGCGCUGACGACAAAUCGCGGCAUGUGUUGAAACUGUGGCAUGUUCUGGACGCGAAGGGCGAGUUGAGGCUCAAUGAUUUUGAGUACGACAGUGUCGACUGCGGAGAGUCAUGGGUGAUUGGCGGGUUGGACACUGCAACGAGUUCGGUUUGCCCACUGACUGAUGCCAAAAGGGAUCCACGGUGGGGUUGGGUGCCACAUGACGCCCCGCUUCUUUGUGGCUGUAUGAAGGUGCCGAUGCGUGAUGCCAUGGGGAAUGUAUGGACCACGUGUUAUAUAAACGGCAGCUUCUCAUCUAGGCACCUGAACAGGGAGGUGACUGAACAGGAGAAGAUGACGAUGGUUUGUCCCACCCCUGCUGCUCGUUGUUUUUCGCCGCCUCUUCUGAAUCCUGUGGAGCUCGAGGUGGCAGAGGGGAAAGUGUUCGCGGGUGACCAUGGGUACACAUACACGCAUGCCAGAGGGGAGGACGCUACUGCUGAUGGAAUCACCACGCUGGUAUGGGGCCCAUUCAACCUGAACCCUGACGUUCUGGCUGCCAUAGACAUUGCGGCCCAUGUCAUCCCUGAGGGGCAGUUGCAGCCGCAUGUGGCCCCUCAGAAGUAUGGAUAUCGUGUGAAUCGGGUCCCAGGAUGUCUGCAGCCGGCAACAGUUGAUGGCAAGAGAGAAGAGGUCGAAAGACAAAGCUUGUGCAUCAUGUCGAUGUCGGUAGCACAGAUGGCGAAGGCUCUCACAGAGGUGAUGAAGUAUGCAGAGGAGGGUUUCCACUACAACGGCUGUGGCGAGUUAUCUUUGUUGGAGGAGAGGGUGCCGGGGUACUUUGUUGUUAGCGUGGAUAUGAGAUCCACGAUAAUGGCCAACGGCAGUGGUUGUGUGCAUGCACGAACACUCUUGGAACGAUUGAGAGAGUCACCUGAUGUUCGUGUGGACAGCGACGCGGAAGACAGCCCAUACAGUCUAAAAGGAGUUGUGCAGUGGAUGUGCAGCGAAGGCAUUUGCGACGAAGGACUUGUCGACAUGACAAUGCAACAGAAAGGGGGGACCUAUACACCUGUGGCUUUCAGGAAGUUUAUGGAAAUAGACAGCGGUCCACGGGUGUACGACUGCGACAGACCUUUCAUGUCCUUACGGACUUUAAACUCACAUCGUGCGAGGGCAUGCCCCGCCGUGGCGGAUGAGGGAGCGCAAAGGCAGGAGAAUGAUGUUGCCCACGACCCGGGACCAUCCAACAUAGGCGCAACCAAUCUCGCUGGUGAUGAGAGCGAGAACGAGGGGGCGGAGAACGACGCGAAUGGGGCAGGCGGUGAUAACGCAGAGUCGGCAGCGCAGCCCGUCGAGCCUUUUGACAGCUCGCGCAGGCUAGCAGCGCUUAUUUUCUCCGCCAGGGGCGGCGUCGCAGAGGCCGUUGGGUGGAAGGAGUUGGAUCUGCGUAGUGACGACUGGCCUCGAGAAGUGCACGCCGUCUUGUGGCACCGCGAUUGGCGAACUGCAUUCUUAUCGAUAAUGCACGUCGCGUUGCAAAAAUGUGAGACGGUUCAUUCCCUCGAGGUGUCCCCGCCGUCGGAGGACAACAGUGUAUCCGGUUUGCGCAGCGGGGCGCUCAGUUAUCACACGCAGUCAAUCAUUCAAGCGCACAAAGGUGUCGACGAGAAUGGAUAUUCACGAUAUGUAAUCCCUCUCUCACUGUACUCCGACAAGACACACACAUACGGUCGUCAGAAACAGACGGCAUACCCUCUUAUGAUGUCGCUAGCCGACUACGCGUCGGAAGCCACUCUGCUGGCCUAUCUUCCCGUGCUUCAUCAUCGACCCCGUGAUAAAGGAUGGGGUCUACAGUCCACCGCAUUCAGGAAGCGAAAGGCCGUUAUCUUCCACAAGGCCCUUUCGAUGGUCUUGCAAGCUGCGAAGGAGGCAUCGCACGACGGCAUCACGAUACCGUCGACGCGAUUCGGGGACGUGACUGUCCACCCUUUCCUCCUCAACUAUAUACAGGACUACCCAGAGCGAUGUGYGUUGGCGAAUGUGAAGUUUGGUGUAUGCCCUACAUGCACCGUGUCGAAAACGGACCUCGAUGUCGUGGCCGAUUUCACGGACAGCAGGAGAUCCCAGACGCUGGAAACUCAACUCGCAGCAGUUGUGUUCACGGCGGACGACGAUGACGUGCGCCGUGAGGCGGAAGGGCAAAUGGCGGAGUUGAACAUGCAUAGGCAUGUUGAACAGAACGGCCUUUGGGGGUUCUACAGGGGGCCGAGUGACGAUGAUCCUCAGCUAGACUACCACCUCGCAUUGCAACCAGACCGUAUGCACACGAUCGAACACGGCAUAUUCCUGCACAUGAUGGAUGCAUUCAGGGCGACAGCCUUUGAGAAGUUGCCGAACACACCGCAAACAGAGAUUCUGAAGGAACUCGAUGCGAGAUUGCAAUGCGUUAAAGGGGUGAUGGCUCCAAGGCCAAAAUACGAGGAUCUGUGCAUGUCUUUGAAAGCCGGGGGAAAGAAGGACAAGUGCCAGAAGAAAUCGAGGGCCGAAAAGAAGCACUCGAAAGAGCAUCGCAGAAGCGGCGCCGGCCUCUCUGCGAAAACGGAGCACAAGCGCAGCCCCAAAUCCGGAUCGAAAGUUAUAGUCCCUUUGAGUGCACGGAAGAUUUCAACACUGAAAGAACGUAACGAGUCGCCCCCCUUGACCCCCGUCCGGGGAAAGCGCGGAAGCGGCGCCGAGAACCGUCCGCCAAGGGCCCCGGAAAAAAGAUCGCGGGAUGAUAGAAGCGCGACUACGCACCGCAGAACAAAGAAGAGAAUAUCCUACAAAGACGACAGAACAGUGGAGACAAUCGAUAUUAGAGGGUCWGRYGACAGGCACARCGGACCCCAAGUGGAAGAAGAGGAGGAACACGACCGUUYYGCGCCAGAGAAGUCAGAUGGUGCGGAGGACGAGGAGCCAGAAAACGAGGGAGACGACAACGAUUCUUCCCGCAGACAAUCGCAAGACACCGAUGAGGACGACGACAGCGACGGCAAGUCGGCCAGCGAGAGAACCGGCGAAGACCAGAGCGCCGCUUCGGAAAGACGUGGUUCGCCAUUUCCUUCGAGGACGCUGCGCAGAGAAGGAGAACGGCAGACACGCAAUGGUAGCGACACCGAGGAGCGUGUCGGUGACAGACAAAUCGUACAGCAUGUCAGCGCCGCUGAAAAAGUGCGCGCAAGCGGCGGAGCCGUGCAAGGACCGAAGGACGAGGGCGCCACAUUCGCGAAGAAAAUGAAGGGCAAUAUGUUGCGUUCCGUCGCCAAAGCCUUUGCGUUCUCUGCGGCAAACGACGCAACUCUGUACCCGAUAGAGGACGCGUUUUUCGCGGCGGUGCAAGCGACGGCGAAACUGGCAGGGGAGACAGCAGAGGAAGGGCUGCGGUCUCACAUAGCAGAGUGCGGAAUUCGAGCUGUCAUAGGGGAAUGCAACAGAAUGAUGACGACGAUCUGCGGAGAGAUUACAUGGCAGCUGAAACAUUGGUUUUGGGUUGAAAAAGGGAUUCUGCUCGUCGGAUCGCAGCAAACGGACCACCACCUCCCCGCUCGCAACAAGAUGCGCACCGAGAUGAAGGAGAACAAGACGUGGAGACGGAGCGGCGACGAUCCGUGGGACGCCCCCGCCUUCAAGACGGCACUCUUAAAAGUUUUUCAGAUGAGGAAGGAAGGCCGGAACCUGGGCGUCACCCUGCAGCAACUGGCUUUUGCGGAGAUGGUCAUUCAAUAUGAGAUAAAACAGACAACGAAGACGACACGAGCUGCGGAGCAGAUAGAAAAAUUGGUAUCUAUAAAGCAGGCAAUCGUUUCAUCUCUCCGUAGCCGAGGCACGGUAACGAGUUUUUCCGUCUUCAAACUGGACCGUUCCGUAUCCGUGGCUGAGAAGGCAGCAACGCUCUUUCGCUUUGGCACUCCGUCUGUCCACAGGCCUGGGCCUCCAAGCACCACAAUAACGGAUGACGAUUACGACAUCGAGUUCAUUCUCCCUCAGAGUACAACAUCCGUAGACAGGGACAGGCGCACGGACAGUCUGUGCGCCGCACCCUGAACAACGAGGGACAGUUUAGCGAUAUUUCGACAUGGAAGGGAGGAUGCGGGGCAAUGAUCAAAUGGUGGAACGAAAGGUUCUUUUUUUAGACGUUUCGAACCAGGAGAUGC